ACCACUUCCAAGUUCAAACCUCUUCAGCCUGCACGAGCAAACACGACUCAUACAUAAAGAUUCUCUGGAAUUGGAUUCACUUUCGAGUCAUAUUACAACUCCUCAAUCAUGCACCUUACCCUAAAGGAUGCACUUCUUCCGCAGCCCUCUAGCUUUGGGAAGAAAAAGGCUUAUGAGAUCCAUGAGGUGUUGGGCACGGGGACGUUUGGAAAAGUCAUGCGAGCAACUUGGCACGUUCCGGUAGAACAACUUUCUGUAGCGGAGCAAGGUGCUUCAGCUGGUCCACCGGAUUCUCAUAGCAACUCUUCAACAUCAGUGCCCUUGUUUCGAAAACAUUCAAUACCUAUCCUCCGAUCUCCUUCACAAUCUGCAUCGUCGGUGAAUUCCGGAACUUCGGGAGUGUUGAAGGAUGUAGCUCUGAAAGUGAUUGCAAAGAAAAAAGUAAAAGGGAACGAGUCGACUGUCUGGGGUGAAAUGGAAGUGUUGAAAGGUCUUAGCCAUCCCAACAUAGUCAAAUUCUAUGAGUGGUUCGAAUCACGCACCAAGUACUAUCUUGCUUUCGAACUAGCAGUUGGUGGCGAGCUUUUUGAGCGAAUCCUGCAAAGAGGGAAAUUCACAGAGCGGGAUGCUGUGGUCGUUGUUCGAUCAAUAUUAUCGGGUGUCAAAUACUUGCACGACCAUGACAUAGUUCAUAGAGACCUCAAACCAGAGAAUAUUCUCUAUAGAACCAAGGAUGCAGAUAGUGAUAUCGUGAUAGCCGACUUUGGAAUUGCAAAACACCUUCACUCUGCAGAUGAGCGGUUGCACACUGUUGCAGGCAGCUUUGGCUAUGUCGCGCCAGAAGUACUCAACAAGAAAGGUCACGGCAAAGCUGUGGAUAUAUGGUCGACCGGAAUCAUUACAUACGUCCUAUUGUGCGGUUACUCGCCGUUCCGGUCCGAGGACACCAAAGAAAUCAUCAAGGAGACCACUGGUGCAAAGGUCGAGUUCCAUGAACGGUACUGGAGUAAAGUGUCUAAAGAAGCGAAAAUGUUUGUAAAAGCCUUGCUUGAUCCCGAUCCUGACCAACGACCCACCGCAGAGGAAGCCUUUUCUAAACACUGGCUCACAACGCAUGAACCAUCGACAGAGCACGACAUCAGCGUUGGAUUGAAAGACAAUUUCAAUGCUCGCCAGAGAUGGCGUACGGCUAUCAAUUCUGCACGAGCGUUGCAUCGUCUCGGUAGGCGUACCAGCGCAGUGAGUUCAGGAAGUGGAGGAUGGGGGAACGACAACACAGCUGCUGCUACAGAUGAUGAUGAUGACGACGACGACGAACUCGGGCAUGCGGUGCCUAACGGCGAAACGGAUGCAAGCAAAGCGACACUGGGCAGAGGUCAUCCAGGUUCGAAUGAAAACGUCCAUGUAAUUGCAGCUGAGGAUGAUGUUGCUUUGUCCGAGUAGAAGAUAAGGAUGAGACACCGUCGCUGUUGCAUAACGAGGCAGCUCCUCAAAAAAAAGAAACGGGAAACGUUCCCAAACAGCCGAACUUCAUUCUGGAUGACACACCCCGCCUGGAACGCGUCGAUACACCGGAUUCCUACGUUACAGCAGAAGAUGAAGAUAUACGGAUGCCGGGAUCAUUCAUUAUAUCGAGUUCGCAGAAUGGCUGGGACCAUCGAGCGGAGCCGGAACGGGCAGGUCGACAGAAUACUUGGUUCGACAUGCUAAGAAUGUUUUCAGCUGCAUGAUUGAUUUGGGGAAUAUUAUUAUUGAGGGGUGUAUGGGUGUAGAGGCCUUUCUGUGAUCGUUGGAAAUAUUUAACUUUGUGUAUUGUAUUUCGUGAUAGUGUAGUUGGGCGUACUUUAGUACUUUCAUUCUGAAUUCUUUGGAUGGGUCCAGGAGACCUGG